AAUCCACAAACACGGGAGUAGAAACUCCGCUCAAAAACUAUUGCUUCAUUCGCUUCUCCACCUAAACCUUUCCUCCAUCCCUCCUUUCCACUCCUCCUACUUCGCUCAUUGCUUCCCUCAAGCCUUCUUUCCCUCAACCCUUAAGAUCGACGUCGGUAAAUCCAGGCACCUCCGCUUAAACAAACUCGUUGCUCCCCAACUGGCAUAUUAUUACUACUGAAAGCAUUACAGUAAUGUCGGGAAAAGGCGGAAAGGGCAAGGGCAAAACUCGAGCCAAUGGACCCGGCGGUGCUGGAAAUUCACAGCGUCGCUCUAGGAGUAGGAACACCACUCCAGCCUCUACCAGCGCCUUUUCCGAGACGACGCAUCUUUCUUCUGAGCUGAUACCAACUGUACGCGCAAAUUAUGAAGACAUACUCGAGAAAUAUACAAAUGGUUCGACUACAGAUACCUCGUCUAUUCCUACGUCAGGCAACCUGUCUUCGCUGAGAUCGGAUCUGCUAUCGCUCGACGCGAAUGCGAAGCGGAGAAGCAAAUCUUGUGAGAAAAGUCUGAGAGAACUGAAUACGAAAGUCGAAGUUAGAAAGGCUGAAGAGAAAGAACGUCAGGCACAAAUCGAAGAAGAAAAGCGGAAGAAAGCAGUUGAGGAUGAGGAACGCAAGGAACGGGAUAAGGCUAAAGCAGAGAGGGAUAGGAAAAAAAAGGAUAAGGGUGAGAGGGACUCGGACAGCAAGAGGCCACCGGCCGUUGGUGCCCAUCAAGUGAUAAUUCAAGGUCCGGAGGCAGUUGUGAAAGGUGAUAAGAUAAAAAAGCGCAAGGCAGAGAGCCCCCCGGACGAGAGGCCGACUAAAUCUAGUACCUCCCCUUCACGGAUCCGAGGUUCCGAGGAGCAUCAGUCGGUGUCUACAGCUCCUUUUUCUUUACUAGAGACACUUGAAAAUGAUCCGACUGUAUAUGAAAUUCCUACAGUUACUGGCGAAUCCACAUACGAAGAGAAGGCGAACGCUUAUUCGGUUACGAGGUUCCCCGAGGUAGACUUAACAGACCUUGGACCCGGGGACCCUCCAGAUGCGGACUUUUCGAAUCCGAAACCCUUUAACCAGGUUGCCAUGAACACUUUUAAUACCUUCAUAGACCCCUAUUUUAGACCCUUUUCGGAAGAGGAUCUGGGAUUUUUGCGGGAGAGGGGCAAUCGGUCGACACCUUAUAUCAUUCCUGCCUUGGGAAUUCCCUACACGGAGGCAUGGGCUGCAGAGGAUAAUGGCUUUGCGUCCCCAUUAGCGUCUACUAACGGGCCCAGAAACCCCAAUGUACCGAAAGGAAACCCGGAUAACCUUACGGAUGAUGUACUGGAGAAGGAUGACCUUCUCUCUUGCGGGCCUUUGCUAUCAAGGGUCAUAGCAGCCAUUAUUCCAGAGGAGCUCAACCCUGAUGCAUCAAUGGGAGAUGGCGAUGCCUCGUCAUCCUCGCAAACUCAGGCCAAUGGAGAAUCGACUCUGCAGGUGGCCACUGCGUCAACCAUGCCGGAAUCGACACAGCCUGGCUGGAAGGUACCCGUUGGUAAAUCUGACUAUCAUUCAUUAGAGGAACGGAUCCAACGCGAAAUGGCAUACAUAGGACUGCUCGGCCCUAACACUGAGCCAGACUGGAAAUCCCGGGAAGAUGAUGAUGUCUCGGCCCGCCUACGCAUGCUACAAGCUCAACUCCGCGAACAGGCCGCGUUAAACGGGGCACGAAAGGCCCGUAUUGCAGAUAUCCUGAAGGAGCAAUUGGCGUAUCAAGAAUAUGCUACUAUUCUUGACGAUCUAGAUAAGCAGGUCGAGCAAGCCUACUCGAAACGCACUCGCAAUAUGAAGGCUACCAAGAAGAAGAAGGUGGUGCCCAAUGGUGUUGGCGUCGCUCAAGCUCGUGUUGGUAUCGGUGAAGCAGCACGAACCCUCAUGGAGCGUCGGAAGAAGUGGAUGACUUCCAUCGGUCCUGUCUUCGAAGAGGGUCUUACGCGCUUGCCCAAAGGUUCUAUAUUUGGCGGCUUGGAAGAACUGAUAGAGAAGGAGAAAGAGGGGGUUGCGGAGGAGGAUUAAUGCGGGGUUGUGAGUGUGGGUCAGGGCAUUUGGCCACCUGAAAUCGUUAAGGUUUACUUUCUUUUUUGUGCAAUGGGGCGAGGGCUUUCGGGUGAAUGCGUGGGGUUGUCGCGUGGAUCAUUAAUAUUAAAUAGUGAACCUGGGGAUGGCUAAAUCGCUAAGUGGGUUAGGGCGGCUUUUUUUUGUUCGGGUGGCUUCAAUGUACAGCUUUUUUCUUUGUUUUCUUGACAGAAGGGCGGCCUAGUGUAGCAUUGUUGGUUCCUUUUUAUUACCGGCUUUUCUUUUUGCUUUGCCCAGAGUGGGUCGUAUUGGUGGAUGUGAAUGUUCUUGGAAUGGAUAGAUAUGAUGAUACUCGAGUCGCAGGAUUGGAACUGGUUUUCUUCUCGGCAGUAACGCACUAAAAGGAAGGCAACCCUGAUCUAGUAGCACAGUGCAGUCAUGAUGUAUCACCUGUACAGUAGUUUUCACCUUUAAGUUCUCUUGAG